AUGGAGUUAGCGAAAGAAUUUGCCGAAGCAGAGGCAAAGUGUCUCCGGGCUAAGAAGACCAGGAUCGAGUUAUUACAAGAACAAACUACAGGCGAAUGUGUCCAUGGUUGUGGGGGGAGGUGGUUAGAAGCAGCUCAGCAAUUAUUGCAAAGGCACAAUAAUACAAAAGAAGAUUAUUGUACCGCAAUUUACACGGCUUUGAGUAAGGGAAGAGGAAAGUACAGAAAUAUCUUUAUUUAUGGCGACACAAAUUGCGGCAAAUCGUUUAUCUUAGCUCCGUUGAAGGUCAUUUAUAAGACCUUUUGUAACCCCGCCACUGGUUCAUUUGCUUGGCUAGGAGCAGAGGACGCGGAGGUAAUUUUCCUCAAUGACUUCCGCUGGCAUCCCAAAAUUAUUGCCUGGGCUGACUUUCUACAGGCUCUGGAAGGCGACACAGUGCACUUGCCGACCCCGAAAAAACGUAUGUAG